CAUCCCCCCGGGCGCCAUGGCCGAUCACCAUGCCUCUGAGCUGCCCCAGUCCCCUGGCUCGAUCACGUUGCCCAUUAUCGACGACCACGAGUAUCGGCUGAUCACCCUGGGCAACGGACUGCGGGCUCUGCUCGUCCAUGACGCCACCGCGGAGAAGGGGGCUGCCGCCUGCGACGUGCGGGUGGGCUCCCUGAGCGACCCCGACGACGUCCCCGGCCUGGCACACUUCACCGAGCACAUGCUGUUCUACAGCAGCCACAAGUACCCCGAGGAGGACGAGUACAGCAAGUUCAUCGCUGAGCACGGCGGCCACACCAACGCCUACACCGCGGCAGAGUCCACCAACUACCACUUUGAUUGCAACUGGGAUGCGCUGGAGCCGGCCUUGGACAGGUUUGCCCAGUUCUUCAUCAGCCCACUCAUCUCCGCUGAUGGGGUGGACCGCGAGGCGAAUGCGGUGGACUCGGAGCACGGCAAGAACCUGAACAGCGACCCCUGGCGCAAGCUGCAGCUGUGGAAGGCAGUCGCCAACCCGGCUCACCCCUUCUCCAGGUUCAGCACCGGCAGCUUUGACACGCUGAUCACGCAGCCCAAGCAGGCGGGCACCGAUCCACACGAGAGGGUGCGGCGCUUCCAUCAGGAGCACUAUUCUGCAGGGCUGAUGCGGCUGGUGGUGGUCAGCAGGCACACGCUUGAUGAGCUGGAGUCGCUUGUGCGGGACAAGUUUGCUGCGGUACCGGAUGGCGGCCUGGCACCACCCACCUUCUCGCCGGAUGCCGUAGCCCCCGACCAGGGCGGGCUGCUCAUCCGCAUGGUACCGCAGCGGGACGGGCACAGCCUCGAGCUGCAGGCAAGCCUGGGAGGGCGGGCCAGGGCGGCGGGGUGGUGGGGCGAGUGGCCCACCGUGGCGGAGCAGCAGCACUACCGACAGGCGCCCUCCCACUACGUCUCGCACCUGCUGGGGCACGAGGGCGAGGGCUCGGCGUUUGCGCUGCUCAAGGCGCGGGGAUGGGCCACGGGGCUGGUGGCGGGCGAGGCGGGCACCAGCUACAGCGGGCGCAGCUUCUUCAUGUGCCGCAUUGACCUGACUGAUGAAGGCCACCUCGCACGCGGCGCUGGCCGCGGGUCGUCAAGCGUUUUCAGGUGGGCCAGCGGCCUGCCUGCCGGAGAGAAGCGGCGGGGCUGCUCCACCACCCUGCCUGCAGACAUGCGGUUCAACUACCGAGACAAGCAGCCGCCCUACUCCUAUGCAUCCAGCCUGUCGCAAGCCAUGCAGGUGUACAGCGAUGCCGACCUGCUGCUGGGCGCCUACAGCGUACCGCUGGAGUACGACCCAGACCUCAUCAGACAGGUGGUGGCUGACCUGACCCCCGACAAGGCACGCGUGCUGUGGUCAAGCAAGAGCCUCGAGGCAAGCUCCCGCACUCUGCUGCUGCGUUGCUGGUGGCUGUGGCAGGGCCGCUGCUGCUGCAUGCUGCAGCUGUCAGAGUGGCGGGAGGAGGCGCCCCUGCCGGAGCUGCACCUGCCGCGCCCCAACCCAUACAUCCCCAAACAGUUUGGGUUGGUGGAGGACGGCGCGCCGCACCCUGCGCUCAUCCACGCCACCCCCAUGGUGCGGCUCUGGCACAAGCCUGACCCAAGCUUCAAGGUGCCCAAGGCGUCGUAUGUGUCCCCCGAGGCGGCGGUGCUGACCCAGCUCUUUGCCAAGCUGCUCAACGACUACCUCAGCGAGGUCACGUAUGAUGCCGACCUGGCUGGCCUGCACUAUGGCGUGCGUGCCACCACCGCCGGCUUGCUGCUGUCCGUGUACGGCUACUCCGACACGCUUGCCACGCUGGCACAGACGGUACUGGGCAAGGUACUGGGCUUCCAGGUGCUGCCGGAUCGCUUCCAGGUGGUGAAGGAGAAGGCGGCCAAGGAUUUCCACAACAUGAGGUACGACCAGCCCUACCAGUACGCCCUGUACUGCCUGGGUGUGGCCUGCGAGGAGCGGCGCUGGCACGUGGCCGACUACGAGGCGGCGCUGCCUGGGCUGGCGGCACAGCAGCUGGAGGCCUUCUACCCCCGCCUCUUGAGCCGCUGCGAGGCCGAGCUGCUGGCGGGCGGCAACAUGAGCGCCGCCGCCGCCACGCAGUUUGCGCAGGGGCUGGAGCGGCAGCUGCGGGACAGGUGGGGCCUGGUGUGUUCUGCCUGCUGUACUGCCGCUGUGCUGCUGCCCGCGCAGCGCGUGGUGCGGCUGCCGCGGGGGCGACCCGCGCUGCUGGCGCAGCCCGGCCCCAACCCCGCCAACGACAACAGCGCCGUGGCUGUGUCCUUCCAGGUGGGGCCGGACGACAUGCGCCGCAACGCGCUGGCCGAGCUGGUGACGGCAAUCGGAAAGCGCGACGCCUUCCACCAGCUGCGCACCGUGGAGCAGCUGGGGUGGGUGCGGGCAUGGCUGCCUGCUGUGCCUGCUGUGCCCGCUGUGGUGGGUUCCACCGCCCACGCCGCCGCCUACCUGGAGCAGCGCAUCGAGGCCUUCCUGCCCAUGCUGGCGGCUCGCCUGGCGGACAUGCCCGCCCCCGAGUUCUCCCAGCACGUGGAGGAGCUGGCCAAGAGCAAGGCGGAGCGGCCCAAGCGGCUGCGCGAGGCGGCUGCGCGAGACUGGAGCGAGGUGGAGCAGGGCAGCCUCAGGUUCGACCGGAUCGAUGCUGAGGUGGCGGCGCUGCGCGCGCUGAGCCAGCUGGAGGUGGUCGCCUUCUAUAGGGAACAUGUGCUGGAGGUGGGCAGCCGGCGCAAGCUGAGCGUGCAUAUGGAGGGCAGCCGGGCGGCGGAGGCGGGGGCAGCGGGCAGUGCGGCGCCUGCGGCCGAGGGCUCCGGCGGCGGAGCCACUGCCGAUUUGGCUGCAGCUGAUGCGCCAGGGGAGGUGCCGGCGGGUGCAGGCCCAGAGGGGCCGGCCGUGGAGCGGAUAGGCGACCUGGCGGCCUGGAAGCGGCGGCAGCAGCUGUACGGCAGCCUCAAGUAAUUUUGCUUGCCACUGGCGGCGGGUUCAUUCUUUUGACUGUCUGUGAGUGAGUCUGGUUGACUCCGAAAGA